AAAUAAGAAAGUAUUUCUCUGGUAGACUUGGAUAUCAUCAGACGAAUAGUAGUAUCAUCUUUCAAAGUUAGAAAAUGAAAUUUACACGGACCCUGAUUUUCUGGCAAAGUAUUGUUCUUAUUUUCUCCGGGUGUUUUUGUUCACCGCAUCCUAACAGUAUGCUGUGGCCGGAAAGGCGACCUCUCAGUGAAAGUCGUCCCUCUACGACGACUGAAGCCUCCGUUAGUGAGAAUGUAGACACAUUAGCCUGCGAACUUGAAAAAAUGGGAACUGAUUACACGAUUUCCAUCAAGUUGAUGGAAAGCAUUUUAACCUCUAUGAAAGAAAAAUGGCAAAACAUCGACAGGAAAUCCAAGGCUUUGAGUAAAAUGGGUCACCUAACCGAUGCACAGUCAUGCAGUAAUGACGAGGAUCACGAUUCGGAGUUGGAGAAAAUAGACAAAAGAGAAUUGAAAAGUCUUGCAGUUGGCAUGAAGAACAUUUGGGAAAAGUUAGACAAUUUCAACUGGCAAAAUCCCGAUAACGAAAUACGAGAACUGAAAUCGCAAAUGGCUGGAUUACUUUUUCUCUUAAAGAUACGACGUUGCAAAAAUUCAACCGAGACAUUCUACAAGGAUCGUUGUCAUUCCAUUGGAAGUGACGUACACUGUCCACCUGACAGCCAUAUGGUGCUCCAUGACGGGCCGAAUAACAAAGGUUUUUGUGACUGCUACGAUAACAUCAGUGGAAAAAACGGUCUAUUGCCAAUUUUUUCAAAUGAGACUGGCAAAUGUUAUUUUCAAAAUACUCAGGGCCCUUGUCGCAGCGGGGAGUGGUUCGUAAUUAAGAACAAAGUUCCUCAAUGCGAAACGGUUCCCAAUAAAUGUUUCGUUGACGGGACAUACGUCUACGGUAAACGGAGUGAAAAGAGGAGCAGAUCGAGAAAUAAUUUUUCAACGGAGUCAAAAUGCUGGGAAAUCAAUAGCAGUGCCCACUGUCCUUCAUCAGGACAAAUUCUAACGGCGGAGCAUAAUUCGGACGGGGAAUUACAGGUGCAUUGUUCAGUUCCUGUUUCAGAAAUUGUAUCUCAAAUGUCCCGUGCCCAUUCAUAUCCAUGCCGGAUGGGAACACGCCGCAGUUUCAGCGGGGAGUGUACCAAUAAAGGAGCCUUCGGCUAAAAUACUACUGGCGCUACCGCAGGGAUAUACAAUACUGACAUACAAUUUUACUCUUAGUUAUAACAAUUUACUUCUUUAUGUCGUUAAUCGAAUUAAUCAACAGCAGGAUAUAGCGGCUAAUGAAUUUUACGUUAGACCUUUUCUGGGUUAUAAAAAAAUACAAGGAGUUUUCGUGUCGUUAUUUCCAAGAAAAAUCUUAAUUUUGGACCAAUUAUUUUCCGUUUCAAUCCUAUCUACCGUCUGCUAUGGUUGGUUUAAUACAAUAUUGCAUAACAAUGUUCGGAAGCCAUAAUUUGAAAAAGAAAUCCGGUGCGAUAAAACAUAUUGAAACCGGAAAAGGACGUCCGAUCGGAUAAGUGUUGAUACUUAUUUCGGUGUUGUGACUUCUCAGUUCUCACCAUCUCAUUCUCACUCUUGAAAAACAAAGCAAGUCGCCGAAUUGUUCCGUAGCUGCAAACUGUCUAGUAGAUUGCAGAAUGAUUUCCAGCAAAUUUUCAAACCGCAUUUUAAUAAGCUAUCUGUUGUGCUUCCUGUUGUUUACUGACAUUCUCUGCCUGGCCACACUCUCUAAUCAAAGAGGUGGACUGGAGCUUCAUCAGAGAGUCGCUCGAAAUCUCAAGCCUAUAUUUGUCAGUACUGGUGCUGCUGCCCCAGCGUCCCUUAAUUCUAACCCUCCAUGUCCGCGUUAUAGACGCCGUAACCGACGUGGAAAAUGUGUACGCGUACGACCUGGGUAAACAAGAAUUGACACGCAAAAAUUCGGAGAUAUUACACCAGAAGCACUUGACCUAUAUGAUCUGUUCGCACUUGAAAUCGACCACUUCCCCCUAAUUUAAUUACCUAACAUGAUUGGUUGUAUUGUAGACGAAUUCUCGCCUACCAUGUCCAAAAUACAUAUAUACCCCCCUCUGCA